GAGAGAAGGUCGCACAACAGUGAUUCUCCGGCCCCAGUCUCCCCCGCCCCGGCUAGCUCCUGAAAUAAGGGGCUCUGCUACCAGGCUCCCCCGUGAGGGGCGAAGAGUCGUCGAGGGGCCCGGAAGCCGCAGCCGCCCCCUGAGCCGGCGAGGGGCCCCCAUGUAGCCGCCGUGGGACGCCAGUCGGUGAAUUUGCUGAGCGCCCACCGCGUGGAGAGCACUGUACUGAGCGGGCAUGGCCCGCUACGACGUGUCGAGCCUCCUGGACUGGCUGUACGGCGGCGUGGACCCCCGGUUCGCCGGCAACGGGGGCCCCGACUGCGCCGCCUUCCUGCCGUGGCAGCAGCGGCUGGCGGAGAGCGUGGUGGCCCUGGCCCUGGCCCUGCUGGAGAUCCGGGUGGCCCUGCGGCACAUCCGGGGCCGGCGGGAGCCCAGCCCCGGCGCCGGGCCGGCCCCCCCCGGGGGCGGCAGCCCGGCCCGCUCCCUGCUCCUCGUGGCCCUCUGCCUCACCUUCGGCGUGGAGCUGGGCUUCAAGUUCGCCACCAGGACCCUCAUCUACCUGCUCAACCCCUGCCACCUGGUCACCGUCAUGCACAUCUACCUCCUGGCCUGUCCUCCCUGCCGGAGUGCAGCUGUCCUUUUCAGGUUGCAGAUGCACAUGCUGAAUGGGGCUUUCCUGGCACUGCUGUUUCCUGUGGUGAAUACCCGCCUGCUGCCGUUUGAGUUGGAGAUUUACUACAUCCAGCAUGUGAUGCUCUACGUGGUGCCCGUCUACCUGCUGCGCCAAGGAGGAGCCUACACUCCCGAGCCCCUGUCCAAUUUCCGUUGGGCCCUCUUGUCGACCGGCCUGAUGUUCUUCUACCACUUCAGCGUCUUGCAGAUCCUGGGUCUGGUCACGGAGGUGAAUCUGAACAACAUGCUCUGCCCCGCCAUCUCGGACCCCUUCUACGGCCCCUGGUACCGGGUCUGGGCCUCGGGCCACCAGACCCUGAUGACCCUGACCCACGGGAAGCUGGUCAUCCUCCUCUUCUACACGGCCGGGCCCGUGACCAAGCACCUGGCCGACGCGCUCCGACUGCCCGCCAAGAAAGUAGACUGAGGGAGGGGGCCGGUUGUUGUCGUCGUAGCUGCCCACCCCCGGGGGCAGGACCGGUGCCUGGGGAAACCAUCUCACAGGAGGGAGAGUAGCUCGUUCGGUGUCUCUCCCUCCCAACCACUUGCUCUCCCACCAAGCCGCCCCCCCUUUUCCCGGUCGGCCGUUCGUGCCCAUCUGCGGCCUCCGUCUUCUCCUUGCCCUCUGCCGUUUCGUGCCAGUCACAGGGGAAGAUCAGUGGCCUUAGCAGAGGCGGGGACAGGAGACAGGAGGGGCCGGGGCCUCUCGGACCCCGAGGGUCGGUGGCCGGGGACAAACGCCGCAGAACUGCUUUUACUGUCGGGGCCGAGGGCGGCCCCCCACUUCUCACUGCCCGGGAUGCGUGCCCUGGCUGGGGCCCCUCCCAGCACAGCACCCUCCCCUCCGCCAGCGGGAGACCCCUGCCCUGCCUGCCCCCAGCUUCAGGUUUCAGCGCGGGAGCGAGCAAUGACUUCCCGU